AUUGUCCAUUAAACAGAAAUGGCACCUGGAGGGAGUUAUCUAUGAGUCAUGUGGCAAGGCAUUGAUGGGCCCGUUAACAGGAGAUAGUUCGGGGGAAGGAAACAAGGAAAACACUGCCCUUUUUGAUUUCAACAGUUUAUGAAGAUGGUGAUAGAAUACAUACUUUGGGGCACAUCUUUACAUUGUAACCUAGGACAAGUGGAAACAAAAGUGAGUUGGGGUGAAGCAAACUGGGGUAAAAUGUCUUUAUUAGCUUAAUCUGCAACUGGGAGAUUGAACUCCAAUAUACAAAUGGACCAAAAUUACAAAAGUGGGAAAACUUGAGACUCAUUGUUCAUUUUGGGUGUAGCCCCUGUGGGUGUUUUGUCUGCCCAAAAUAUACCUGCUUUUAUUCUCUUAAUUUUGUCUGGCCUCUAUCUUUAGGUAGCCCCGAAAAAGGCAUUAGUUUCUGGCAACCACAAAGAGUUAGCAGGGCCUCUGGAGAAUCCUCUGGACUGAGUAAGACCCAGCUACGACACCACUGGCAUUUUCAGGGGCAGUGGCUACGGUCCGGGUGGCAUCAGAGUCCAAGAAUCCUCCAAAUCCAGCACAGAGGCAUCCAUGCUCUCAACACCUGGAACAAGAAUUCAUGUUUUCUGCAGAAGACAAGAAAAAUAAAGCGCACUUUCUAAAGCAACUAGAAGUCUCAUCUCUCUGCCUCAUUCAGAAAAAGAAAGAAUCCCUGCUGAACAUUGCAUCGUGGGAGCAAUAAGCCCACAGCCAGCACCCAAACUUGGGUAAGCCUACCCUUAUGAUUAUGAAGCAGCCACAACACAGACUGAAGACAAACGGAAGACCUGAAAAGUAAACUGGCUAGUGACGAGAAGAAUCACAUGAAGUAGUGGAGACCCUGAAGAACUGCAGGAGUAGAGGCAGUUGAAAGAAACUGCAUGUCCCAGAACAACCCUGACAUUCCAAACACGUGCUGUGGGCAGCUUGGCAAGGAGCCAAGGGAUCAUCAGGUUCAGGUGAACUUCAGAGGGUUUCUUUAGAAUUUAAUUUCAAAGAGACAGAGACGCAUUCAAAUUUAAUCAUAGAGCUGUACUCACAGAGUAAAUAAAGACAUCUGUUAUGCUGGGUACUGAAUUCAAUGAAGAUAUGAACAACCAUUCUAUUUCGGAAAGGGUUUCAGAAGUAUCUGUGGACAACCCCCCUGUUGUCGCCGUGGUUUCCCACCCCCCUCUCCCAUCUGGCCCCGCUGCACCCAUGGCCAGCGACAUCAAGCCCACACGCAGCCCCCCUGACCUCAUGCACAAAAUUCACAGUGACGAGAACAAUGAUUGUGAAAUAGCCACCAGCUUUUCUGAAUUUCAACCCGAAAAUUCGGCAGAAAUUCCUGUAAGCCCAAAUUUUAAGCAUGAUGCCGGCGAGAAAAGUUCCUUGCAUUCCAGGGAAUGCACACUUGCUUCCGUACCCCGAGAUGCUGAUGCCUUGGAAGGAAGUGACAUAGAGCAAAAUGACAACGCCCUGCACACAUGUUCUGUACAACAAGAUGGCAGCCCCCAAUGCCACACAUGCACAUUGUCACAGAUGCGAUUUUGUGACCAAAGAGACCACUGGCCUCCUGCUGCAGCACCACCUGUCGCCGCCUCUAUUAUUGCAAUGAGGGGGGGAGAAGAGACAAUUUUGCAGUUUUUCAAAGAAACACAGGCAGAAGAAGCAGAUAUACAGAAUAUAGUUCAACUAUCUCCAAAGAAAGAACAAAAUUUACCUUCUUCAGAUACGAGGGACUCCUCAAAUUUUAAAUCAAGAGUUCAUUUAGAAGACAGCAUAAAUACCAUUAAUUGGAUAGAAAUAAGGAGGAAAGCAUUGAAGGAUAGGGAUUUUGACAUAGCCAAAGAGCAACUUAUAGCCAUGCCAGUCAGAUAUGGAAAACAGAAUGCAAAUCCAAGAGGAGAACCUAUGACAUAUGAUGAGAUCAAAGAUUUAAGAAAAGCAAUCAAAGACAGUGGCCUAGGCUCUCUCUACUUUAAACAACUAUUGGAGGGGACCUUUUAUAAUUAUUAUUUAGUUCCAUAUGACUGCAGAUACUUUGCGUCUGUGAUUUUAACAGAGUCACAGUAUAUUCUGUGGGACAUGAAGUGGCGAAGGCUUCUCAAUAAAUUGUUGGAAACCUAUGCUGGAGGUCCAAAUGCUGCUCUUACAAUAGCACAUUUGGCAGGGGAUGCACCUCACGAUAGGCCUGAAGAUCAAGCAGCUGGCCUACCUCCAGCGGUAAUCAAUGACAUCAAAAAUGCAGCUCAAAAAGCAAUCCUACAAAUCCAGCCAGAAGGAAGCCCAGAAGGUAUAUUCUCAGAAAUAAGACAAGGAACAUUAGAGCCGUACACUUCGUUCAUAGACCGUCUCACACAAGCCAUCAAAAGGCAAUGUAGUAAUGAUGUAGCUUAUCCUCAUGUGCUUCAAACCCUCGCCUUUAAGAAUGCCAAUGAAGAAUGCAAGCAAGUUAUUAGAGCUUUACCUCAUAAACAACCAACUUUGCCUCAAAUGAUAGAAGCUUGCUGCAAGAUAGGAACGCCACAGCAUAUUGCAAUGAUAUUAGCAAAUGCAUUAGGAGAGAGGCUUGAAAAAGCCUUUGCAGCUCUUAGUGAAGCUGCAGACCAAAGACUUAUAAAAGCCCUUUCAUCUAUGAAUGUGACUCUUCAAAAGAACAAUUCCAUGGCUGUAAUGCAAACAAGAGUCACCAAAACAUGCUUUAAAUGUGGAAAGCCUGGACAUAUAAGCAAAUUUUGUUCAGAAUCCCCAGAAACCAUAAAGCCACUGGGUCGCUGCUCCAGAUGCAGGAGAGGGAGGCAUUAUGAAAGUCAAUGUCGCUCCAAGACAGAUAUAGACGGAAAACCCCUCUCGGGAAACACCAAGAAGAACAUGUAAGCCCACCACAUGGAGACACAAGCUGUGGCAGUGGCUCAAACACCCAAAACCCCUCUUAAGGUAGACUGCUUGGAGAACCUCAAUCAGAUCCCAUCUGCAAAAUCAUCAGGCGCUUCGCCAGUGACCCAGAAUUGUUACCCCCAGGGGCACAAUGAGAAUUGGCGGCUUCCAAAUUAUUAUGUUUUAUGAACAAAAGUCAUAUGGUAAUUCCUACAAGAGUUACUUUUUGGUUGAUUCGUGGGCAGGGUCGCAUUACUUAAGGCAAACAAUGAAGUAAUAAGGCACAAGUAUGAUAUCUGAUUUAGUUUCAUAUUUCUUGUUGGUUUUCUUUCUGAUUCAAGGCCAAAUGAAGGGCACUAAGUUAUUUCUUUAUCAAUGGCCUUAUGCCUCGUAUGAAAUUCAGAGUUGUAACACAAUCCACAUUGCACUCUUGGCAACAAAGCUCUACAGCACCAACGACUCCCACACCUUUUGCAUUAGCAUAAACCCCAAAGUUCACAGCUUCUGCAUAUGGGACAAAAGAUAUUUAUCAUCAAGACUGCAGUUCACAUCUGCAUGCUCUUUUCUUUGCUUCUGGGAUCAUUUGUGUGUGUCUGCAGUUGAUAGGGUUUCAGGUUCUUCUAAAGAAAUCCACUUCAGACAAGAACCUGUGCAGACACAAGCAUGGCCUUUACCCCAUGUUAUUAGUGGAAAUGGACCUUCAAUUUUUCCUGUUUCUGGAUUUUUUAUCAAAACUAAAGGAUUUUCCUUUAAUUUUGCCUGUGUGAUGUUGGAAAAACGUCUGAUGAUUGAUGGAUUUGGUUCAGCAAAAGAACUGUUUAAAAAAUUUAAAACAUAGAAUAUUUUGUUCAAGUCCAUUUGAGGGGUAGCCUGUGCCUCCCCCCUUUUUUGUUUUUCCAAGCGGGAUUUUAAAGUUUGGUGUGUUCUCUCAAUGAUUGUCUGAACUGUGGGGGAGUGAUGGAUGCCAAAGGUGUGAUUAUUCAAUUCAUUAUGAAUGUCUUGAGCCUUUGGGCUAUGUAGGCCAGCCCAUUAUCUGUUUUGAUCUCAUGAAGCACACCUAAUGAAGCAAAUACCUGUUAAAAAUGCUGACAUGCAUGUUCCACUGUUUCUCCUGUAUGCAAGGAGCAAAGACUGCACCUUAAAUGGUGUCCUUUGAUACAUGAACAUUUUUGAAUCUCCCAAAAGAUGGGUAUUAUGUGAUGUCUGUUUAGCACAACUGCAGACUUUGUAACCCUCUCGGAUUCACUGCUCCAGUGGAUACAGGAAAUUGCAUGAGUUGACAAUUAGAACAAGCACUUAUGAUUGCU